AUGUGUGGAAUUUUCGCUGCUUUCAGGCAGCCCGAAGUGGACAAGUACAAAGAGACUGCUCUCAGCAACUCCAAGAUGAUUCGUCAUCGUGGUCCUGACUGGUCUGGUAACGUCAUUAGAAACUCCACCAUUCUUUGCCAUGAACGUUUGGCUAUUGUUGGUUUGGAUUCUGGUGCCCAACCUAUCAAGUCUGACGACGACAACUACUUCUUGGCCGUCAAUGGUGAGAUCUACAACCAUAUUCAGUUAAGAGAUCAAUUUAAAGACUACAAAUUCCACUCGUUAUCUGACUGUGAACCUAUCAUUCCUUUGUUUGAAAAGUACGAUGUGGAUGCUCCAAAGUACUUGGACGGUAUGUUUGCGUGGGUGCUCUACGACAAGAAGAAGGAUAGAAUCGUGGCUGCUAGAGACCCUAUUGGUAUCACCACCUUGUACAUGGGUAAAAGCUCCAAAAACCCAAAAACCAGAUACUUUGCCUCCGAGCUCAAAUGUCUCUUGCAAGACUGUGAUGAAGUUGUUGCCUUCCCCCCUGGUCAUGUUUAUGACUCUGACACCGACAAGCUCACCAGAUACUUUGAACCAACUUGGUGGGAUGAAACCAAGGUGCCACAAAAGAAUGUAGACUACAAAGAAGUCAGAGAAACUCUUGAAAUGGCCGUCAGAAAGAGAUUGAUGGCAGAGGUACCUUAUGGAGUUCUCUUGUCUGGUGGUUUGGACUCAUCGUUGAUUGCCUCUAUCGCUGCUCGUGAAACUGAAAAGGCAGCCAAGUCUUUCAGUAGCCACGGAAUCGACGCCAACAAGGAAUUAUCGGGUGUUGAUGAGUCUGGUUCUUUGCACAGCAGCGGAUGGAACAGAUUGCACUCUUUUGCCAUUGGUUUGCCCGGUGCUCCGGAUUUAAUUGCUGCUGAAAAGGUGGCUCAUUUUAUUGGUACCAUUCACCACUCUCAUACCUUCACUCUUCAAGAAGGUUUGGACGCUCUUAACGAUGUGAUUCUCCACCUUGAAACCUACGAUGUGACCACCAUCAGAGCAUCUACUCCUAUGUACUUGUUGUCGAGAAAGAUCAAGGCUCAAGGUGUCAAGAUGGUGUUAUCUGGAGAAGGAUCUGAUGAGAUUUUUGGCGGAUACCUUUACUUUGCCAAUGCUCCAAACGCCAGCGAUUUUCACCAGGAAUGUGUUAAGCGUGUGAAGAACUUACAUUACGCUGAUUGCUUGCGUGCUAACAAGUCUACUAUGGCUUGGGGUGUGGAGGCUAGAGUGCCAUUUUUGGACAAGCAAUUCCUCGAGGUUUGCAUGAACAUCAACCCUGAGGAUAAGUUGAUAAAACCUAAGGAGGGCAAGAUCGAAAAAUACGCCUUGAGAAAGGCAUUUGAUACUUCUUCCGAGCCAGACGUCAAACCUUACUUGCCAGAAGAGAUUUUGUGGAGACAAAAAGAACAAUUUUCAGACGGUGUUGGUUACUCGUGGAUUGAUGGCUUGAAGGAUGCCGCAGAAGCUGCUGUCAGUGACGAAGAGCUUGCCACACCUAAACCAGAAUGGGGCGAUGACAUUCCAACCACAAAGGAAGCCUACUGGUAUAGAUGCAAAUUCGACGAUAUCUUCAAGGAAAAAUCUGCCAUUGCAGCCACCACUGUCAUGAGAUGGAUUCCAAAGGCUGAAUGGGGAUGUCACGCAGACCCAUCAGGAAGAUACGCCAACAUUCAUGAAGCCAAGGUUGAAUAG